AAUAUCAGUAAGCAAAUUUUCAUUUCUUUGCAAGUCUCAUACACGCCACGUACAUAUUUAUAAAAUGUUUUUAAAAAAAAUUAUACUACUUUUGUGUGUCUUGGGUCGUAUAGAGAAAAGUAUUAGCACGGAGGGAGAAACGAUAUCCGAUACAGUGGAUGAAGCUUCUACGAGUGGAACUUCUACGGUGAGAUCCAAUACCGCUGUAUCGAAAAAAGCUUCUACGUAUGGUCCUCAUGUGGUGAAUAUAAAUCCAAAUCUAAAAAAAUUGACAAAUAAGGAAUGGAAGGCGAUAUUUGACAAAUACGACAUCGAGAAGAAAGGUUCAAUAUCCGCCACGAUAUUACAGAAAUUAUUAUACAAUGAGUUCAAAGUAUUUAUCACCAUUCGCCAUGCACAGUGUUAUACAAAUGAAAUUAAUGAUCACAAAAGCAGUGAAAUAGGAUGGAAAGUGGUGAAAAAAAUGAAACCGAUAAUAACUGUUUUGUCACAGAGAGAAAGCCUAGAGGAGUAUACGAACUUAAUAAAAAGUGAAAAUACUUCGUGUGAAAAUUUCGUGGUCACAAUAAGGAGUAAAUUUGAAAAAGUGUUUGAGAACGAGAAUGAAGUUUUAGAAGUACUCAAAGUUGUUGGCCAUGACGAAAAAUUACCAAUUAAUUCGGCGGACUACCACGAAAUACUGAAAAUGUUGACGGCUUCACUACGGAUGGCACGAAUAUACUGGCUAUAUGCUUUUACUAAUGGCGCAAAUCACAACGGCAUUUUGAAUUAUGAUUUUCUCAAAUAUAUACGACGCCAUAAGCUGUACAGAGAUAUACCUGAUCCUUGCAUAAUUAAACUCUACAAUGACAUCAAGAGUAUUCGCUUUUGAAAAUUAGAAUUUUAUUUUUUUUGU